GAGUGCAAACCUCACCCGAAGCACGGCAGCUACAGAAGACCAUGGCAUUUGCAGGGAUGCUGAGCGCCGAGGACAUCCAGGCUGCGGUCCAGGCUUGUCAAGCUCCAGGCACAUUCAACUUCAAGUCGUUCUUUGCACAAGUGGGACUGACUGGCUCAUCUGAGGAAGAUGGGAAAAAAGUCUUUACAGUCCUGGACCAAGACAGGAGUGGAUACAUUGAAGAGGAGGAGCUCAAACUGUUCCUUCAGAAUUUCUCUCAGGGAGCAAGGGAGCUUACUGUAGCUGAGACCAAGACUCUGAUGGCUGCAGGCGAUAAGGAUGGUGAUGGCAAGAUUGGGAUGGAAGAGUUCUGUGAUAUCCUGAAAUAAAGAGAAUAAACAUCUUUGACCAUG